CGCCGGGCAGGCCUGGGCCGCUCGCAGCCAGGCAGCCGGGGGCAGCACCGGCGCUCGCAUCUGGCCUGCUUGGCGGGAAUGGCUGGCUACCUGCGGGUCGUACGCUCGCUCUGCAGAGCCUCCGGCUCCGCGCCGGCCUGGGCGUCGGCAGCCCCGACGGGCCCCAACUUGCAGGAGCAACCGCGGCGCCACUAUGCCGACAAGAGGAUCAAGGUGGCGAAGCCGGUGGUGGAGAUGGACGGCGAUGAGAUGACCCGGAUCAUCUGGCAGUUCAUCAAGGAGAAGCUCAUCCUACCCCAUGUGGACGUCCAGCUCAAGUAUUUCGAUCUGGGGCUCCCACACCGUGACCAGACCGACGACCAGGUCACCAUAGACUCGGCGUUGGCCACCCAGAAGUACAGUGUGGCCGUCAAGUGUGCCACCAUCACCCCCGAUGAGGCCCGUGUGGAAGAGUUCAAGCUGAAGAAGAUGUGGAAGAGUCCCAACGGGACCAUUCGGAACAUACUCGGGGGGACUGUCUUCCGGGAACCCAUCAUUUGCAAAAACAUCCCCCGCCUGGUCCCGGGCUGGACCAAGCCCAUCACCAUCGGCAGGCACGCCCAUGGCGACCAGUACAAGGCCACGGACUUUGUGGUGGACCGGGCUGGCACGUUCAAGAUUGUCUUCUCCCCGAAGGACGGCAGUGGCGCGAAGGAGUGGGAGGUGUACAACUUCCCCGGCGGCGGCGUGGGGAUGGGCAUGUACAAUACCGAUGAGUCCAUCUCGGGUUUCGCACACAGCUGCUUCCAGUACGCCAUCCAGAAGAAGUGGCCGCUCUACAUGAGCACCAAGAACACCAUCCUGAAAGCCUACGACGGGCGCUUCAAGGACAUCUUCCAGGAGAUCUUUGAGAAGCACUACAAGACUGACUUUGACAAGAAUAAGAUCUGGUAUGAGCACCGGCUCAUUGAUGACAUGGUGGCUCAGGUCCUCAAGUCUUCGGGCGGCUUCGUGUGGGCCUGCAAGAACUAUGACGGAGAUGUGCAGUCGGACAUCCUGGCGCAGGGCUUUGGCUCCCUUGGCCUGAUGACGUCUGUGCUGGUCUGCCCGGACGGGAAGACCAUCGAGGCCGAGGCUGCUCAUGGAACAGUCACCCGCCACUAUCGGGAGCACCAGAAAGGCCGGCCUACCAGCACGAAUCCCAUUGCCAGCAUCUUUGCCUGGACACGUGGCCUGGAGCACCGGGGGAAGCUGGAUGGGAACCAGGACCUCAUCAGGUUUGCGCAGACCCUGGAGAAAGUGUGUGUCCAGACAGUGGAGAGCGGAGCCAUGACCAAGGACCUGGCGGGCUGCAUCCAUGGUCUCAGCAAUGUGAAGCUGAACGAGCACUUUCUGAACACCUCCGACUUCCUGGACACCAUCAAGAACAACCUGGACAAGGCUUUGGGCCACUAGUGGGGACUGGGCCGGGCCGAGCUGGCUGCUGAGUGACCCCUCCCCCCAGGCCUUUCUAGGGGACAUUUUUUAUAAGCAAGAUGUUUUUAAUAUCUUUGUUUUUUCCCCUCAUGGUGAUGUGAGGGAACAGCGUGUUUUACCUCAGCCCGUCAGUGUGUUUUGCAUACUGUAAUUUAUAUUGCCCUUGGAACACACGGUGCCACAUUUAGCUACUAAAACACUCUUCACAAAAA